AUUUCCCCGAAAAAAAAAGAAAAAAAAGGUAAUCCCAAUCCUGUGGAGAGGUUGGGCCGGCCGACGGCCCAAAUCGCAAUGGCAAACCGAUCGGCCCAACACAUGGUCUCCCCGUGGGCCUUAACCCCAAAAGCAAGCAAACCCCCCUCGCCGGCGACCGCCUCCCUGGGAAACCGACGCAUCCGCCGCCGCCGCCGCCCGGCUCCCUCCCGCGCUUCGCCGCUUCAGCUCCUCUCGUGCCAGCGAUGCCGCCGGCGAAGAAGAUCACGCUCCUGCAGACGGUGGCGUUCGCCGGAGUCUUCUCCGCCGUCUCCUGCUGGUAUGGAUUCAUGUUUGGGAGGGAGUCUGCGCGGCGUGAGCUUGGUGGAAUCAUUGAAGACCUCCGCAGCAGCGGCGGCAGUGGCUGCUCCACCAACUCCGCGGCUUCCCCCGAUUCUGACGCUCAUUCCAAACCCUAGCUCGUGCUACAGAAUCCUAGAAUGGGACUACCACCAAUGAAGAACCCUCAAAUGUCCCUCUCUUGAGGUGAUAACAAGGCCAACCAGAGAUAACCACUUCAUAAGAAAAGGUUUGAAUAAAGAGGACAUAGCUAUCAGUAGAGGAAUCUCUUGCUCUUUAAUCUCUCUCUUUCUCUCUCUCUCUCUCUCCCUAUUGAUGUGCACUUUCAGUCCUCUCCUUUUCAAGCACUUGAUACAACCUUGAUAGGCUCUCUUGUCCUUCUCAUGGUGGUGAGCUCAUGUCAGGAUGGGCCCUUGACUUUGCUCUUUUCUUGCAGUCACACUACAUCUUUUGGAAUAAUCUCCAGUGCCGUGGCACUAUGCAGAAUUCGCAUAUGUCACUAAAUAUAAAUUGUCAAUGGCCCAUCGAUUUGUGAUCUAGCUCUGAAGCAUCCAUGAGACCAUGACGCAUUCCGUAACCUUGUUUAGUUGUAUCUGCUUCUGGGACUUCCAGUAAAUAUAUGGUUUCUUCUCCUUUCUUUUGUGUGUGUUUGUUGAGAGUUCAUUGUCUUCACUCAUUGGCUACUAGGAUGUCUUGAAUUAGACUAUUUUGGAUUAUGCAUAAGAUUAAUCAGUUGCCCCCAGAAAAAAAAGAGAGUACAAAAUGGGUGUGCCACUUACCUAUUAUUUUGCUGCUAAUUUGUGCAUGGAAUUCUCUAGUCAAAACCCAAAAGUGCAACUGGGCAAGUAAUAGGAUCAUGAACGUGUGUUAGUUUUGUUCCAUUAUCUCUUCCGGCACAAUGAUUUAUUGUGUUGACUGCCAAAACACUGGAAAAUUACUCUCCUAGGAUUUCUUUGGAAAAAACCAAAAUGACGUGCUAAAUAGUCUAACUGAUGGAUAAAACAUGAUGUCAAAGGGAAGAAAAAAAGUGCAAUUAGCUAGAUAAGACAUCAACUCUACCUCUGCCCAUGUUAUUGAUUGCUCUAGGCGAUGGGACGUAAAGUGUCCUCUCUGUUUUAGUUUUUUUUGGAACAUGCAAGUCGUGAUCAUGAAAUGGCUGGUUGGAACAUGCAAGAUUGCUCUCUGCUUAAUCAGUUUGCUGCAAAAUGAAGGCAACAUGAUGCGUAUAUACGCAACUUUGGUAUCUCGUACCAAUAGUACCUUGAUUGCAGAAAUAUCUUGGUGCGAUGAUGAGUCAUGGGAAAGUAAGGACAUAAAACACUGGCAAAUUGGAUGUGAAGUCCGGGAGAGAACAUGACUGUAGAGUGGAGACUAGUCUUCCAACAUAAGCCUUAGAAAAAGUGACCAAGUUGUACGAUAGUUCUAUGAUAAAGUUAGUUGGCAUCGCCCGGACUUGAAGGCCAAGUGUACUGUGCCAUCUCCAUCCUUAGUUUGUUGCAUAAUAAUCGUACUUAAGUUGAUCAAGAAAUGAAAAGUGAGAAGAGCAAGAACUUAAGGAAAACAAGAGCAAUCUUGAUCUCAUAAUCUCUCGUAGCAUACAAAAUUUAAGUUGAUGAUUUGUAGUAGUAUGUACAAAACGAAUAGUACAUGCAAGUUAGGAGUUGCUCCUGGUAACAUGCAUGGAUGAAACAGUCUCUAUGAUCUGCACACAUAUCGAUCAGACCACGUCCAAGAUUACAAGUUGUUCAUACAACAUGUCCAGUUAUUCAUCUGAUAAUCUCUCACCGUAGCUGUUGCUGCAAUUAAGUGGUAAUUUCAUAUCCCUGCAGAUCUCUCUUCCAUCUAUCUGAAUAUCUCUUGUGUAGAAGAGAAAUUAACAAACCCUGCAUAUGUAUAUGCAACUAUGCAA